UCGGGCAGCGCAGACGCGUUGCGCGCCCUGGCGAUCUAGGUUCCGGCAGCGUGCAGGGGUACCUCGUAGCCCGAGGGAGUCGAGGCGACGACGCGUCUCUCUGGGAACUGGCUCGAAGGCCUGCUCGCGGCCGUCGAAGGCGCGCUCACUCGCGGGAGGAGAGACAGAGAGAAAGAGAGACGGAACCACCGCUCGGGUGGCCGCGGAGGCGCGAGGACUGCCGCGAAGACAGCCGCGCGUGAGUGAGCGAGUGAUCGCGGAAGUGGCCGACCGCAGAGAGUGCGUCGUCGGUUGCGCUCGGAGGUAUGCCUGCGAAGGGGGAGAGGGGAAAAGCGACGGACUUCAGCAUCGCGGCCAUCAUGGCGCCCAGGGGUCCGUCCUUCGGGCACUAUCACCUGCAGGGCCUCGCUAGCGCGCCCCCUAGCAACGUCGAGUGCGGCGACAAGGGCUUCGCCGCAGCCCCGACCGACCACCGAGUGCGAUUGUCGACGGUGAGCAUCGUGGCGUCGGCGACGGUGGUGACGGAAGACGUCCUCGACGACGACGAGGACGUCGAGGAGGACUCCGGGGAGAUCGAGGUCGAGGGCGAGGCAGAGAGCGAGGGCACGGAAAAGGAGGAGAAGUCGGCCAACGGCGGAGACAUCGAGGACGAGGAGGUCGACGUCGACGUCGAGGAGUGCAGCAGCGUCGAGGACAGUCCGGUCGGCAGGAUCGGCGACCUCUCACCCAGGAAGCCCGAGUCCGCCGAGGUCGAGAGGAAGCACCGGCAGCGCACCACCUGCAACUCCGACGAGCUUAAGGACGUCAAGUGCUACCUGGAAACCAAGGACCUCUGGGACAAGUUCAACGACCUGGGGACCGAAAUGAUCAUCACCAAGAGCGGAAGGCGAAUGUUCCCGACCUGCAGAGUUUCGUUCAGCGAGUUGAAGCCCGAAGGCCGGUACGCCGUUCUGAUGGACAUCGUUCCCGUGGACGACAAGAGGUACCGAUACGCCUAUCAUCGGAGUUGCUGGUUGGUCGCCGGAAAAGCCGACCCUCCGGCACCGGCACGUCUCUACGUCCAUCCCGACUCGCCCUUUAAGGGAGAGCAGCUUCACAAACACGUCGUCUCCUUCGAGAAGGUUAAGCUCACCAACAACGACAUGGACAAUCAGGGUCAGAUCGUAUUGAACUCGAUGCAUCGGUACCAACCGAGGAUACACCUGGUUCGGUGUCGGUCGACCGACAAGGACUACAAGAUCACGGAUCUCGAGAAAGAGGAGCACAAGACAUUCAUCUUCCCGGAAGCGAUCUUCACUGCGGUAACUGCUUACCAGAAUCAGUUGAUAACGAAGCUGAAGAUCGACAGCAACCCGUUCGCCAAAGGCUUCCGGGACUCGUCGCGGCUGACAGAUUUCGACCGGGACCCCAUGGAGCUGAUGGAGCAGCAACUCGUGCGGUGCGGCGUACCCCCGGUGAGGCUCUACGAGCACCUCGGCAUCUCGCCGCCGGCGGCGGCAGCGGCGUUGGGUGUCCAGCAACAGCAGCAACAGCAGCAGCAACAGCAACAACAGCAGCAGCACGAGGGCGGUGCCCCGCAGCAUCCCGCGCACCCUCUGUCGCCCUGGCUUCCGCCCUCCACGGCCCUCCUCUACGGGGGGGUUCCGGGCAAUCACGGGAGGGGCGGCACUCCAUCCCCUUACCCGGGCACCCCCGGGUUCCCGUACACCGCCCUGGCGUGGCCCUGGCAACCCCCCGUGGCCAUGAUCUCCCGACGGUCGCCCCCCUCCUCGGCGACGGCCGCCGUGGUUGCCGCGGCCGCUGGGGUCAGGUACGCUCCUUACCCCCUGGCCGCCGCCACUCCGCCCCCCCUGCGGGCGCGCCCCACCACCCCCAAUUAG